AAACUGGUCUUUUUGAAGCUGUUGGAAGAGGUGUUGGGAGAGGUUUGGAUAAGCUUGUUGAAAUAACAGGAGGGUUGUCAGAAAAACAAUUACUACCUGCAUGUUAUCCUUACUGGAAUGUUAAAAAGCUCAUUGAAGUCCGGGUCGAUUGUUCUGACAUUUUAAUUUAUACUCAGGGAUUAAGUCUUGAUAUUCACAUUGCAGAAUUAAGGCUAUAUUAA